GGACAACCAAGACAACCAAGUUUUAUAUGCUUGACCGUCUUAUUCCCUUGAGUUGAAUUUCGUAGCAAGAAUGUUGCGAACGUCGACAAGGGCUUACGUAUGCUGGAGAUGCGCCUCUCAAAGGCUCACUUCAAAUGUAUUGAGGUCGGAAGCAAAGGUGCUGCCAAGAGCCAAACACCCGUUAUGGAUAAGAAAUUUAACCACUGUGCAAAACCCUGAAAUCAGUGGUAAAGAGCCAGAGGCGCUAGAUCUAUUGGGGGACAAGAAAAUCCCUACCCGAGAACGCCUACGGAGAUGGGAGCAAGAGAACCAAAGUGAAGCACAAACCAUCUUGUCCGAUUAUGCUGCAGAUGGCGAAUUGUCCAACACCAUCACUCGGCCACAGAAUGUAUCCAUGGCCAGUUUCGAAGUUGCUUCACCCUUAUUCGAUGGAGAUGAACUGGGCGAUUUGCGCGCCGAAGACGCCAAUCUAGAGCCAGGUGACAUGGUCGAGCUAAGCUCCGAGAGCUCUAGGCGGCCAAUGCUGGCGAUUUACUUAGGUCGCUUCAGCGGGUAUGAGCAUUACUACACAAGUAGUGGUAAAUGGUUUUCUGGCUUGGGCGUCAAGACGCUUUUCGUUGUGAACAAUUUUAUCGAGCCAGCCGAACUCCAGCCUGUCAUCAAUGAACUACCAAAGGGUGAAACCCCGUUGGAGGCUCUGAAUGCUCUUCAGGAUCUCAACCAUAACCCUUCAAUGGCGACAGGGGCCGAAUUGCUGCGUAAGAUGUUGACCUUUGCUCAGGACGCUGAGGGGGUGUACCAAGAGAAUGCCGGUACUUUAGACGCAUCUAGCGCCUUCAUCGGCGACCCAGUGAAGCAUCGCUACCUCACCCUACACGAAAUCGCACAAUUGCUUCUUCCCAAGUCUUAUCUCAAGAAUGGAAAAUUCCAACCUGAAGCCUUAUACGCUGUGCACAGAGCUUUGUUGCAAGACGAGGUUUUCUUCCGUCCGCUUAGACAGACUGGUCAUAAGAGGUCAUAUCUCUUUGAAAUUAGCCCACUUUCUGAAGUUCGCAUCGUACAGAGGGCAGAAACGAUGGUGCGAGAGUAUCUAGAGAGAAGAGCCCAGUCGUUAAACGGCGAAACAGUCGCGGAAUCCCCAGUGGUCGGCUUCGUUAACCGCGCCCGCAAGUUAAUAGACCGAAGUCGGAAGAACCGUCAGUGGACAGGAACUGGUAUCAUCGGACCAUCGACGGCAGCGAAUCCUUCAUCGGAACCAUUCAAACAUGAGUGGUCUGUUGAGACAGAUGUAGAACUCCUACAGUUCAUAGAGCUAUGGGCAAGUUACCAAAAAUUCCCAAGCUACUCACGGCUUCAGUGCUAUGGCUCCGCUAUUUUGAAAGCCCUCGAUAGAUAUCAGGAUGCCGAGAACCUGUCUGCAUCUGCCGGCUGGACCUUUCUGCAAGAAGUCGGUUGGAUACCGUCCUGGGAAAUUCCUGCUCGAUACAACAUACGUUUCCCUGGCGUUGAGAUCCAGCGUGGAGGAGGCUACGUCCGACCAACCUCUGAGAGUCUCGAACGUCACUUAAAGAGUGAUCUCUUGGCUCCUAUAAGAAAGACGUGGGAAGAUCUCACUGCUUACUGCAUUGACUCUGAGGCUACAGUGGAUAUUGAUGAUGCCGUAUCUCUCGAGCGGACAUCUGAUCCCGACAAAUAUUGGAUCCAUACCCAUGUAGCAGAUCCGGCUUCUUCAAUUAAAGCAAAGACUCCACUUGCUCAAUUUGCCGAGUUGAUUCCAGAAACGAUAUACUUGCCUGGGCAUUUUGAGCGUAUGCUUCCAACCAACGUUGGCUCGGAUAUAUUUUCUUUAGCUCCGGGCAGGCGAUGUCUAACAUUCAGCGCGUUGGUGAGCAAGGAUGGUAUCAUUAAGGAUUAUAAAAUUACCCCUGGAAUUCUCAAGGACGUUGUGUACAUGACUGGCGAGGACGUUUCUUUAGCGAUAGAAGACAAGACAGAGGACCCUCUCUUUAGAGAAACAGAGAUGACGCUUGGCCCAAUUCCGGAAGCCAAGGCACCGCCGCGACGGAUGACUCGACCUCAAGAUCUGAAUAGCCAGCAAAAGGACGAACUAGCUUUGCUGUGUGAAUUGGGGAGAGCGGUUCAAGCUCACCGACUUCGUCAGGGGGCAACGCCUUUCUUCCAACCAAGGCCCCAAGCCGAGGCUUACUUUGAUCACAUUCCGAACCGCGAGCUAGACAACUUUUUAUCUUUGGUCGGAGAUCCUUCUAUCCGUAUCGGGUACUCACGACGCACGGGGACCGACUUGGUCGAGAACACGAUGAAACUAGCCGGUGAAGUCGCAGCUCGAUGGUGUUACCAGCGCGGGAUCCCGAUCCCAUACCGCACGCAACCCCACGCCGUCAAGAACGUCGAGCUCUUGCAGCAGUACACGCGUGACGUCUUCUACCCCCAGCUCAGGGAGGGUAUCCGGCCGAAGGACCAACAAUGGCAACACCUACGCGCCCUCAUAGGCAGCGACGAGAUUACCACGGUGCCUAGCCCGCACUUCACCCUCGGCGUAGACAUGUACACCAAGGCGACGUCGCCGCUGCGCCGCUUCUCGGACCUCAUCGUGCACUGGCAGAUCGAGGCUGCGCUGAAGGAGGAGCACCGCCGCGGCGCGAGCCUGGUGGGGAACACGGCCCAGGACUUCCUGCCCUUCGACCGCGAGCAGCUCGACCGCAUGCUGCCCAUGAUCCGCGUGCGCGAGCGGCAGGCGCGCGCGCUGACGAGCGGCAUCGGCGGCGACCAGUGGAUCCUGCAGGCGCUGGUCCGCGCGUGGCGCUUCGGCGAGGCGCCCAUCCCGGACACCUUCCGCUUCAGCGUCGUCCACGUCGCCGGCCGCCGCGCCGUCAUGGGCAAGCUGGACUGGUUCGAGCGGGCCGCUACGCUGCGCCCCGACGCCAUGAACGACGUCGUCCGGAUCGCCGACGUGCGCGUCGGCGACGUCUACGAGGUCAAGCUGCGCGACGUCAACGUCCACCAGAACCGCGUCCUGGUCGAGGCCCUCGGCGUCCUCGAGAAGGUCGAGUCUGAGUCUGCCGCCGAGGAGGAACCCAAGUCUGCUACUGCUGCCGCUGCAGGGUUCGAGCCUGCUGUUGCUGUUUAGCAAGCUUUUGACGCUUUUUCCGCGGAGUUUCGAACGCUUUUUUUCGCCUACUCCUGCCCUUCUUCUUUCUGAGACAAGAGGCGGAGGCAAGAGAUGAGGAGCUGAAGCCAGAAACAUAGGUAUCGCGGCGAUCUCGCAAAACAUAACCCUCCCGCGCCGGCUUUGUUACACAGACUAGACUAAGACUCCGUGGGGUUAAACUAGGGGAUGAAAAAACGGGGGUUAGGAAGGAUGAAGGUCCAGGAAGAGAUUACGUGGAGAGCUAUGUACAGUAGGUAGGUAGGAAUUACGGCUCUAAUUCCGCAUGUACCUAUACAAACAACCUUACGUCGAGGCCUAAAAAAUCUACCGGCCUUUGUUUCUCGGAUCUAUGACGAAAUCCCUUAUCUCCUCUACGAGUAGCCAUUGUUACAAUUAUCACUCCUAUCACUGCUAUCAUUGCUAUCACUACUAGCACAAUGGGAUUAGGUAACUUGAUUUGAUGAGUUUGGCAAG